AUGCAACCGCCACAUCAACACUCAAGGAUCAAUCUUGCUGAAUUGAAGGCUCAGAUAGCAAGGAAACUUGGGCCAGAUAGGUCCAUGCAGUAUUUUAAUUGUUUGAAAAAAUUGCUCGGUUUGAAGAUAAACAAAGCAGAGUUUCACAAGGUUUGUCGAGGGAUUGUUGGGAGAGAGAAUAUUCCACUGCAUAAUCAGUUUAUUAGUGCAAUUUUAAAGAAUGCUUAUACAGCAAAAGUUCCUCCAUUGCUUAAUGAAAUUGAAGUCCUAAAGGCUAAUAAAGCAGUUGGUAAUAAAGAGUCUCCAAGUGAUGGGUAUCAGCAAAAUGGAACGCAUUCAGCUAUAAACCAGCCUCCAAUUCAUGCUGGUUUGUCAAAUGGGGACAUACUCCCUCUAUCACCCAAAAAGGCCAGGACCAGUGCUCAAAAUCGGAGGGUUGGAGAUCGGCGUAGUGCUCUUGGUCCAACUGGCAAGACAAACUUACUUUCUCAAAAGUCACCUACCACAGAUCGCAGUGAUUGUAAUGUUAUUCUGGAAAAUGGAGAGUCAAUUCAACCAGAUAUUCGGAAGGCUGUGCAUCAUCAUCAUGGACUAAAUCAGGAAACAGAGUUUUCACGUAACCACACAACUAAAAUUUCAACAGUAUCAGCUGUUGAUAGGAUUUCUGGACAAAGCAAAGGCAAGAAGGAUCUUUUUAUUAAAGAUGAUGGGACAGAAUUGUCUGCUAGAAGAUUUCUACAUCCUCCACUUGGCAUUCCAAUUUGUGCUGCCAGUACAGCUGGAUCCCACAGGGCACUGCGUUUAGGAAGUAGCAGUAAAGUUGUUAGCUCAUCCGAUGUUGGUGGUUUGUUAGAUACGACAACCCUGAGAAAACGCAUGGAGCAUAUUGCUGCCACACAGGGCUUAGAAGGGGUGUCACUGGACUCUGCUAAUAUUUUGAAUAAUGGUUUGGAUACAUACUUGAAGGGAUUAAUUAGGUCUUCAAUUGCACUUGCGGGAUCAAGAUCAGGGCAUGGACAAGUGAACCAGAAAAUCCACAAGCAUCAGGCUCUUGUGAAGCUUAUUAACGGCGUAAGUCCUAGUCCACACUAUCGGAUGCAAAGUAACAGCAGCUCUCCUGAAGUCAUGCAUGAAAAUACACACCGGUGCCCAAUAUCUAUGCAAGAUUUUAAAGUUGCAAUGGAACUUAAUCCACAGCAGCUUGGUGAGGACUGGCCCUUGCUGCUGGAGAAAAUAUGCACUUGUGCAGAUGAUGAAGAACUGUAA